AGCACCCGGCUGGAAAUAUCACAUCGUGCACAGUUGAGCUUUUCCCAACGCUGCACUCGCCAGUUUUCUCCUACAUUGCACUCGCCUACCACCCCCGGCAGGCGGCAGCACCAAGAACAAGGGGAUGAAGCUCAUAGUGGGGAGCCCAGGGACAUGGAGCAGCAUGGCGCUGCGGGUGUCGCAGUGCGUCUUCGCCGCCGCAUCCGUCUGUGCCAUGGUCACUGCUUUCGGCUACUCCAACUACACAGCCUUCGCCUACAUGAGCACUGCGUUGCUCCUGCAGUUCAUAUGGAGUUUGGGCCUUGCUUGUGUCGAUAUCUUCUGUGUAAGGAAUAAAAAGGAUCUUCACUGCCCGUUUAUUGUAACCUUCAUUGUCAUCGGUGACUCGAUCAUGACAAUUCUAGUUUUUGGGGGAGCCUCUGCCUCCGCGAGUGUGACGGUUCUCUUCACGAGGGAUAUGCACAUCUGCAGGGUAUACUGGCGACUGGCAUGCAGUCAGUUCGCUCUUUCGACCGUCUUGGCGUUCAUCGUGUGCUCCUUGGAUGCUGCAUCUUCUUUCUCCGGGUUCUGGCUACUGGUUUCGUUUUUCUAGUGAUCUCACAUAUAUGCCACGGUGUGCUAAUUGUCAGUUCACAGUAUAUCCAUUGCAAUGUGCUCGGGGCACUUAGAUUUGAGUUGAUGGAACAUCCUUAGUCACUACUAGAUAUAUUUUUGUUUGAUAGUUCAUCUACUGUAAAAGUUCCCAUAAGUCAUGCCUCUACAUGAAAAAUGCUCUGGUCAAGCGAGCAAUGGAAUUUUAUACAUACCAUGGCAAAAAAAACAUGUGGGGUCCACUUGGACAUAUUUCUCUUCAACCAUAAUAAAUGGAUUAAA